GAUAUUUACCUCCGCGAAAUACACGUUUAAUUAGCCUGUUCUGUGUCAAUUUAGAGUCUGAAACCCAAAAACAAUAAGCACCAUUUCGACGGAAUAUCUUAUUACACUUAGAAACGAAUCCCCAGAUGGAUGCCUCCGACGAAAGAUGACUUGACAGUCGAAACUAGCUCUAUUCCGUUGGAUUAGAGACUGUAGCGAUGUAUAAACAUCUGUGAGCUUAGUUUCCUCAUUCCUCUGUUGAAGUGGACUCAUCAAUUUGCUCAAGUUUUGCAGCUGAAGGAGCAUUUUUUCUUAAUCCAAGAUGACGGAAAUCAGUGAGAAGGAGAAUGAACCACAAAACAGGGACCUUCACCGACCCCAGGCGACCGUGCCCAGCCAACCUGAAUCAAAGUUGCAGCGGCUGAAGCGCUCCCUGUCCUUCAAGUCAGUCAUGCGCAGCAAGAGUGUGGACAACUUUUUCCAGCGCAGCAAUGGCGAAACCCGCCCACCCUCAGGCCUCAUCACUACACCGCCACCUCCACCAUCUCCUCCCCCCUUCUCUGAGUCCCCCCUGGCCUAUGAGCGCUCUCCCUCCCUGUCCCCGACAGUCAGUCCCAACCCUUCAUUGUCCUCACACUCACCGUCUAUCAGUCCCUCACUGUCCGUCACCUCCAAAACCCAGCCAAAGACUCAGGCCCUGCCGGUGCAGCCGGUCAAGACUCACUGUUUCCAGGAGCAUGUCUUCCGUAGGCCUGCCAGCUGCCAGCGAUGCAAACACAUGAUCCAAGGGAACUCAAAGCAGGGGCUGCGCUGUAAAGCCUGCAAGAUGGCGGCCCACCUCUGGUGCUCAUCAGAGCUCUCCCAGCAGCCCUGUAUUGGCAAGUCAGGAGCUUUCAAGAGAAACUUCAGCUCUCCUCUGCUAACCAUUGAUCCGUUGGGUGUGGUCAGAGAGGCUCCUGCUGCUCAGGAAGCAGAUAAUGGCAUUGUCGACCCUGUGUAUGAGGCACUGCGCUAUGGGACGUCGCUGGCUCAGAUGAGCCGCUCCAGCUUUGGCAGUAUCUCAGAGUCGCCCUGUCAUGAGCUAGAAAAACCUCAAGACAAACUAGAAAAUCAGCCUAUAGCUGAAGAGGAGCACAUCCCAGGAAUGCUCACCCCUCCUGAAAGCGAGAAGGCUGAUUCAGAAGACAGGGUCAGCCUGAAGACUCCCAAACGAGUAGAGGUCCACUCCAUCCACACCUAUGUGGCUCUUUACAAGUUCCUGCCUCAGGAGAAGAACGACUUGGAGCUACAGCCUGGUGACAGAGUUCAAGUCACAGAUGACUCCAACGAGGACUGGUGGAAGGGUAAAAGCAAAGACAAGGUAGGAUUUUUCCCAGCCAACUUUGUGCAGCGGGUCCGCCCUGGUGAGCGGGUGUGGAAGGUCACCACUGGUUUCCACGGUAACCGAGACAAAGGCCAGAUGACUGUAAAAGAGGCCCAGAUCUGUGUGGGGAAGAACGAGGAGAUUGACGGUUUCCUCCGGCUGACUAGCGGGAAGAAGAGAGGCUUGGUCCCUGUGAAGUGUCUGCUAGAAAUAUGAUGGCGGCGCACUUCCCCUUGACCCUCAGUUUGAUAGAGAAGUUCACUAUGACGGAGGAAUACUCAGGAGUGUUUACCCAACACCUCACUGACC